AUGGAGGGCCUGGUCACUGGCGGGCGCGAUCGGGCCGCCUCCUCGGGCCGCCGGGCCGUCUUCUCCGCGUGCUCUGCCGACUUCGAGCGGAGGCUGGAGGACCUCGGCGCGAGGACGCGGUCCCUCUGCGGCGCCGCCGUGGGCAACUGCAGCGCGCUCGUGGGUCUCCAGGGCGGCGACGUCGUCCGGUGGUACCCGAUCGAGCAGGAGGCGUCGCUGGUGGACUUCGGGAAGGACCGGUGCACCGAGUUGAGGAAGGUGCUGCUCGAGCCCAAAGGCUUCCACGCCCUGGUGACCAACGGCCAGGGCGACAGCUGGUACCUCAGCCUCGACGGCAAGGCGAGGCCCCUGUCGAAGCUCAAGGGCCACAUCGUCGAGACCGUCUCCUGGGACCCGGACUCCACCGAGUCGUGCACCAAGGACCUGAUCGUGGGCACCGCUGGCGGCCAGAUCCUGCACGUAGUCAUCGAGGGCAAGGAGCGGGCCGUCAAGGCCCUCUUCGCCUUCGAGCCCGCCUCCGCGGAGAGGCGGGUGUCCCCGGUGUGCGGCGUGCACCGCGACCGCGUGCUGGCGCCCGACGGCGCCGAGAGGAUGGUGCUGCUGGCGGCCGUCGGCACGGGCCUGUACGCCUUCGUGGGGCCGACGCUGGACUGCCUCUUCCAGAGGUACCAGGGCGCAGGAGCGACGUCCAGGGCCCUGGUCUUCGAGGUGCCGGAGGCGUCCCCCCGCGGCGACCUCCAGGUGGUGCCGCGGUGCGUGGGCCCCCCCGCCGCGAAGGUCCUCUUCUGGCUGACGGGCGUGGGCGUGCUGGCGGCCAAUCUGGAGAGCAGGCUGGACGCCGAGGGGACGCUCCUCGAGGCCCCCCCCGGCCUCAUAGCCUUCCCGCGCUCGACGAGGCCCGCGGGCAGGCGCGCCCGACCGAGCGGCAGCCUCGUCGGCUCGCUCCUCCCGGAGCCCCCCGGCCCCUCCUCGGUACCCUUGUCGAUGGGCCUCACCGCGUACCACGUGGUCCUCGUCUUCGAGGACCGCUGGGCGGCUGUGAGCCGCGUCACCCACGAGGUCGUGCAGCAGCAGGAGUGGGACGUGGCCGCCCUGGGGCCGCUCUGCGGGCUCGCCCCGGACCUGCAGCAGGGCCAGCUGUGGCUCCGCUCCGCCCGGGCGCUCUUCGAGCUGCGGGCGGAGCGCGAGGACCGCAGCGCCUGGUGGCUCCUCGCUAGGCUCGGGCAGUUCGACGACGCCCUGGCCGCGUGUAGGAGCCCGCCGCAGCGCGCCCGCGUGCUCGCGGCGCACGCCGAGGCGCUGCUCCGCGGGGGGCGCCCGGUGGGCGCCGCGCAGAAGUUCGCGGAGGCCGCCGCCGCGGGCGUCGCCGGCGUGCCGUUCGAGCACGUGGUCCUGCGCUUCCUCCGCGCCGACCGCAAGGAGGCGCUGCUGGAGUACCUCCAGCGCCGGCUGCACGCCUGCCGCCCGGAGGACAAGCUGAGGCGCACCCUGCUCGGCGCGUGGGCGGUGGAGGCGUGCCUGGCGCACCUCAACGACCUCAGCCUGUGCGCCCACAGCAGCGCCGGCCGCGCCGCGCUGGACGAGGGGCGCGCUCGGCUGCAGGCCCUGCUGCAGGGCUGCCGGGACCUGGACACGCACGGGCUGGUGUACCACCUGCUGCAGUCCCACGGUUGGCUGGACGACCUCGUGAUCUUCGCCGAGGCUCGCAGGGACUUCGCCACCGUGACGCUCCACCAUGUUAGCCGCGGCGAGCACGCGGACGCCAUCCGCAAACUGGACGACUUCUCCGCCACGGGCGCCGGCGUGGAGCUGGUUCGCCGGUUCGGGGCGUCGCUCUUCUGGGCGGAGCCCAAGGCCUUUGUGUCGCUGAUGCUGCGGCCGCAGCUGAGCGGCGUGGGGCCCGCCUCCGCGCUGCCGGCGGUCUGCAGGCCCGGGUGGCCGCCGACGCACCAUGCGCAGGCAUUGCGGUACCUGGAGCACGCGGCGAGGCAUCCCUCUGAGCCCGCCGAGAAGGCGCCGGCCGUCUGGGAAGGAGGGGGGCCGUGGAUCACAGGAUGCGAAGGAGGAUGUCCUGGAAGGCGGA